AUACAGCGUUACAAUUUGGAUGGCAUGUACAGUUUAGCACACCGAUCAUAACAGCACAGAAAUUUGGACCACGUCAGUAACUUUCGAUGAAGAUGUCAAUACUCAUCUUUAAUGUUCUUAGCCCUGACCUACUGACCUACAUUCUUGUUUUUUAAGCUAGAGCAAAGGAAUUUGUAUGUUUGUUCUUUUAACAGAUUUCAGUACCUAUCUUGAAGAAUCUUUACCAUGACCUUCUCACUUCGUUUUUUUGUUGUUUUUGAAGCUUUAGCAAAGAAAUUUGUUCAAGUUAGCAAUUAAACUCAGGUGAGCAAUAUAGGGCCAUUAUGGCCCUCUUGUUUAACAGUUAUACUAUUUCAUCCAUAGAACAAUUGUAAGUUAAUAUGAAUUUUUGUCUCCAUUUUCACAUAUUUCACAUGAUCUUUCGUUCAAACUUUGUAUGAUAUGGUUUUUGAAUAAUUGGGGGUUACUGUCUGUAAUAGCUCUUGUUUAAAUGGCGUUAAGGGAAUGCAGAGAGUUUAUUCGAUAAGGCUAUCUGUCAUUCAUGACAUUAUAUUAGGGAACGGUGGAACAAAUCAGAAAGCACAAGCAUGAAACACUGAAAUGUAGUAUGUGGACCAACGUAAGUGUGUCACUGAUAAGAUUCGUAUCUAAAUGCAGAGACGAUUUCAACAGAUGUUUGCAGUCCAGAUGUACUGACAUUUUCUGUUCCAUUUUAUUGAAGAUAUUUUAAAGAGACUUCCUUGUAAAUAAGUGACUAAAGACAGUAAUAUUUCAGAGUAGUUUCACCUGGUAACAAAGCAUAUGUUGCAGUGAUGAAUUUAUUAUUGGUGUUUCUGGGAUACACCUUAGUAACGGUUUAUCUUACUUCAACAGCAAAUAGUUUACAAUGUCUCGAGUGCCAGGACAUACCACAUCCCGAUGACUGUCGUGUCAAAACAACAUGUUCGGACAGCAGUAAGUGUUACGUUGAGCAGGUCGUGUCUAGUGGAGGCUUGGUGCUCUACAGCAUGGGUUGUACAUCUGAAAGUCGUUGCACGAACAAACGUUCUUUUGGUCAGAAAAGAAUAAGCAAACGUCAAGACACAAUAUCAAGCACAGACAUAGUGAUGUGCAGAGACUGUUGUGACGGCGAAUUUUGCAAUAUAGAAGGUUGUGGUCAGAAAGCUACAAAAAAGCCACAACGACAACCCUUGUGUUUUACCUGCUCCAACCAGCUCGACCCCAGUAGUUGCCGAGAUGUUACACUGUGUGAUCAGGAACACAUGUGUGCAUUACAACAAAAAAUACCAUAUAAUGGCGAAUGGAAAAGUGAAUGUGUGCCAAGACGUGUAAAUACAACUCUUGAUUUUAUAUCAUCUUAA